GAUUGGUAGAGUUGAGAGUCAAAUUUAUUGGCUCAGAUAUUUGUGCAGCCACGUCCUCUCUUGCUAACCUCCACCCUCAACGCGGAGCUGUCCAUUGGCACAGGUGCUGAAACGCGUAGGUUCUCAUUCCCUCACAGCGGUGCGAGACUGAGUGUCGAGAGUAAAACAUUUGGAUGAUUGUAUUGACUUUAUCCAUAUAUUUUUGAGACACUUCGGUGGAUAUACAUUGAUUUACUCAGCUUUCAUCAAGAGCGCAUCAAAGGUCCACGUUCUUGACCCGGUCAGUUAACGGACUCUUAAGAGGGAGAAAGAUGGCUUUUAUGGUGAAACAAAUGGUGGGAGGGCAUGUGAAGAACCUGACCGGGGGUUUGACUGAGGAAAAGCCCGAAGGAGAGAAAUCGGAAGCUGCAGCGGCAGGAAUGACCCAGGAGGAAUUUGAACAAUAUCAACAACAGUUAGAGGAGGAAAAGCAGGAACGAGAUGCUAGUUUUGCCCAGAAGAAAGCUGAGCGGGCAACAGUUAGAAGUCACUUCCGGGACAAAUACAGACUGCCAAAGAAUGAGCUGGAUGACACUCAGAUCCAGCAGGCGGGGGAUGACGUGGAGCUGCCCACAGAGCUAGCCAAGAUGAUCGCUGACGACAACAAGGAGGAGGCGUCCAAAACGUCUGUCCUGGGCCAUCUGACCAACAUCCAGAAUGUGGACAUGGACCAGCUGAAGGACAAGGCCCAGGCCACACUGGAAGACCUCAAACAGUCCGCUGAGAAGUGCAAUCUCAUGUGAUCUGGCUGGCUGACUGAAUUCCUGCUCUCUCUCUCUCUCCCUCCCUUACUCUCUUUAUCUAUACAACAAAGGAUCUGUGUAAGAUAUGAUCUAUGAUCAUGUACAAACGUUGAUAGUCAUGUUGCUUUGAAUACACACACACAUACAGUCAGCACUGCCUCACACACACAAACCUACUGCAGCAGCACCUGGCCAAGGAAUCAGAGUAAACACUGUCUAAACUGUGGGGGAAUCAGAGUAAACACUGUAUAAGCUGUGGGGGAAUCAGAGUAAACACGGUCUAAGCUGUGGGGGAAUCAGAGUAAACACUGUAUAAGCUGUGGGGGAAUCAGAGUAAACACUGUCUAAGCUGUGGGGGAAUCAGAGUAAACACGGUCUAAGCUGUGGGGGAAUCAGAGUAAACACGGUCUAAGCUGUGGGGGAAUCAGAGUAAUAGUCUUCUGCCAAAGACCCUUCGCAGAAAAUCAUUUAGACAAUGGCACAAAGUAUAUCAACUAGUCAUAUUAAGUGUGAGACUAAAUCAAACUUUCUUGUCUUGGGACCACAUUCAGUACAUUACAAACCAAGUGUCUGUUAUAUCUAUCGCAGGUGUAAAUGUAUUUGCGGUGAGCCUGUUCUGUUGUCCAUCUAGUCUAUGGUCACUAACUCGUUGGGGCCUUGCUAAGAGACAGCUCGUCCUCUGUGAUGCCAACCCAUCUAACCUUUCAACUCUAGCCUUUAACCUGUCCUCAUAUUGACCAUGACCUCUCCAUCUCAGUGUUGUUUUGUGCUGGUGGUUUGGUGUCGUUUAAACGCUAUGAUAUGCCAAAUGCUGUCUUUGAAAAUGUCAUCCUCUGGCUGAGUGCUGGUCAUAGUGUUUAAUAAGUACACAAUACUAUGAACAUAUAUGAACAUAUAGUACUUGAUAUUUGUCUGAUUUGUUGUUGUAUCACUAAAUAAAGACGCAGGUGAGAGCAGGAGAGGGGUUUGUCAACCUUAUUUGAAUUACAGUAAUAUACAGUAUAUAUUUCUUAAAUGCAGUGGUUCAUGUCUUGUAAUAGUUGAACAGUCCUUUCGUGACAUUACAGUAAUUGCAUUUGAAGAAAGGAUGGUGAACAUGCCUUAGUAGCUUGUUUUAUGUGAUAGCUACUUUGUGCUUUCUUGUCAGUUCCAUGAAGCAAAACAAACAAGUGUGAAUAUAAUGAAUUCUUACUCAAGUCUUACAGAGCCUGAUCACCUAUAAAUACCUAUCUGUAUUAAAGUGUGUGACCUACAAUGAUACUAUAAAGCCAACAAAAAUACAUUAUUUCAUUUCCAGUCACCCUAUGGGGUAAUUCAGGUUGAUCUCAUGAUGAUAUUUCAGGAAGAGACAUGCUGUUCAUGAUGUUUCUGUUUCCUGUCCACUCUUUGCUUCUUUUACAUCAUCUUUGUUGUUCAAUGCUGUAUGAAACGUAUUGAUUUUUGACUGACUAUUGUAACCAUAAUAAACUGAUUUUUAUGA